UACCUCAAAACCAAAAAGGACCCUCCUCCUUUGUUUUCCGCGUUUUCUCUCUCUCUGGAUUUCUCUACCCAACCAAUCAAAUCACACUCUCUCAGAUCAUAGCAAGCAUCAACGCUCUUUUUCUCGCUAUUUCUGUGUGCUCCCUGCUUUUCUACUUCGCCGGUACUAGGGUUUUUCGCCAUCUAAUUCUUCGGAAAAUGCCGACUCCGCCGCUUCCACAAUCGGAGCGCUAGCGCGCGUGCUUUUGCUGAUGCUGCAUUGCUGAAUCCUCCGCCUCCGAUCUACCGCAUUUUUUCUCAUCUUUCCAGAGAUGUGGAAUUCUGAACUAAGAUGAGCAAGGGUGAAUUAUCAUCAAGGACAAGGAUGAAAGCUCCGCCGGUUGCGUUGGCGACUCUGAUUGGCCGUGAGCUUCGAAAUGAUAAAGUUGAGAAGCCUUUUGUGAAGUACGGGCAAGCUGGCUUGGCCAAGAAAGGAGAAGAUUACUACCUAAUUAAGACAGAUUGCCAGAGGAUUCCUGGGGAUCAAUCGACAGCGUUUUCUGUCUUCGCGAUAUUCGAUGGGCAUAAUGGUAUAUCAGCUGCUAUUUUUGCAAAGGAAAACUUGCUAAACAAUGUUCUGAGUGCAAUACCGCAAGACAUCAGCAGGGAUUCGUGGCUUCAGGCUCUUCCUCGCGCCCUUGUUGUUGGUUUUGUGAAAACUGACAUAGAAUUUCAGCAAAAGGGAGAAACUUCUGGAACAACUGCUACGUUUGUUCUGAUUGAUGGAUGGACUGUCACUGUUGCAUCUGUUGGGGAUUCCCGCUGCAUUCUAGAUACUCAGGGAGGUGUAGUUUCUCUCUUGACAGUUGACCACAGACUAGAAGAGAAUGAAGAAGAGAGGCAGCGCGUUACUGCCAGUGGUGGUGAAGUAGGAAGACUCAAUGUUUUUGGAGGCAAUGAGGUAGGGCCUCUUCGCUGCUGGCCUGGUGGAUUGUGCCUAUCUAGAUCAAUAGGUGAUACAGAUGUUGGAGAAUUUAUUGUGCCAAUACCACAUGUUAAGCAAGUGAAGCUGUCAAAUGCUGGCGGAAGGCUUAUCAUAGCUUCUGAUGGCAUUUGGGAUGCUUUAUCUUCUGAUAUGGCUGCCAACUCAUGUCGGGGUCUACCUGCAGAGCUAGCAGCAAAGCUAGUGGUUAAGGAAGCUCUACGGUCCAGAGGCCUGAAGGAUGAUACAACUUGCCUUGUUGUAGAUAUUAUUCCUUCUGACCUUCCUGUAUUACCACCAAUUCCAAGAAAGAAACAUAAUAUGCUAACUUCGAUUCUCUUUGGAAAGAAAUCUGAGAAUUCCUCGAACAAAUCUACUAAUAAGCUUUCUGCAGUUGGUGUUGUGGAGGAGUUAUUUGAAGAGGGCUCUGCAAUGCUUGCCGAAAGGCUGGGUAAGGAUUUCCCGUUGAAUAAGAAUUCUGGGAUUUUUCGCUGUGCUGUUUGCCAGGUGGAUCAAACACCUGGUGACAGCUUAUCUGUAAACUCCGGCCAUUUUUUCACUCCAGCAUCUAAACCAUGGGAAGGUCCAUUCCUCUGCACAAAUUGUCGGAAGAAGAAAGAUGCUAUGGAAGGAAAAAGACCCACAGUGACAGCAUAAUAUUAUCUACCUAGUAUUCUAGUAACAUAGUAAAUAUUAGUAUAAUUUUUCCCUGGCAGUGUGAGCAUGGUUGAUUUUACUCUCUCGUUUCGGUGGAUUGUCAUUGAUGUGUAAGAAAUGAGGUUGAGGUAGGUUUAGGUGUUUUGGAGGUUGUUGUACGUUUGUGAAUGGCUUGUGCUCAGCUGUUGGAAUGACUGACGCAGCAAACAUAUGUCUAGUAGAUAAGUUCUAAUGUUAUGUGCUAACGGCUUGUAUCUGUAAGUAAA